AUGCGUGUGCCCCUAGAUAUUGUUGCCGGCGGGAGUGAUACUACGGCAACGAUGGUCGAGUGGGUGAUGACCGAGCUUAUGCACAACCCGAGUAUAAUGCAAAAAGUGCAGCAAGAAGUAACAAAUGUUGUAGGAGCAAACAACGUCGUUGAAGAAUCCCACGCAUCGAAACUACAUUAUCUCGAAGCGGUUGUAAAGGAAACAUUCCGCCUACAUCCUCCAUUGCCACUCCUCGUUCCAAGGUAUCCGAGUGAAUCUUGCACUAUCGGAGAGCACACAAUCCCAAAGGGCUCAAGGGUCUUCUUGAACAUGUGGUCAAUCCAUAUGGACCCGCAUGUUUGGGAGAAUCCUUUACAAUUUCGACCCGAGAGAUUUUUGAAUCAUAACUCCGAAAAAUUUGAUUUCAUUGGAAACAACGUUGAGUAUCUUCCGUUCGGGUCGGGGAGAAGGGUGUGCCCUGGUAUUCCGUUGGCUGAGAAGAUGGUAAUGUAUUUGUUGGCUACACUCGUUCAUACGUACGAGUGGGGGUUGCCGGAGGGACAAACGAUUGACUUGUCGGAGAAAUUUGGGAUUGUCAUGAGGAAAGAAACACCACUCAUUGCUGUUCCUUAUCAUAAAUAACCAAAUAUGAACUUGUAUUCUAUGCAUAAUUAUAUUAUGUUUCUUGUACUACCAUAUCAUCUAAGGCCCAGUUUGGUUGUCAAGAUAAGUUAGAUUAACUAAAUAGUUGGACUUAAUUUGAUGUUUGGUAUCCCAAUAAAUUGUCGGGACGACCCGCCAAAAUUAUGUAAUCAUAGCUUAUUUUGUCUUAUCGUGGCUUAUCUUGCCUUCUAGUGUGUUUUUUUCGUUGGACGUCCCGAGCUCCAAUAAAAUAAUUGAGUUUCCAUA